CGCCCUCCCGGGGCGGGCACGGAGCUGGAGGGGGCGGUCACGUGCGGCGGGGCGUGGUCCCGGAGGGGGUGGGCGUGGCCUGGGGAAGCCGUAAGGUCACAUGACCAGGGGCGCGCGGCCGGGGGUGGCUGGUGCUGGUGCGCGCGGGGCCGGUGUCGGGCCGCGGAGGGGGCGCGUACCAUGAGUUUUCUUGGAAAUCUUUUCGUUCCUGUUUGUGAGAUUGAUGUUGUACUUAAUGAUGCUGAAACACGGAAACCUGCAGAAAUCAAAACAGAAGAUGGUAAAGUAGAAAAGCAUUUUCUCUUCUACGAUGGAGAAUCUGUUUCAGGAAAGGUGAAUGUCUCCCUUAAACAUGGGAAGAGACUAGAGCACCAAGGAAUUAGAAUUGAAUUUGUAGGACAAAUUGAACUCUUCAAUGACAAAAGUAAUACCCAUGAAUUUGUAAACUUAGUGAAAGAACUGGCCUUACCUGGAGAACUGACCCAAAGCAGAAACUAUGACUUUGAAUUCAUGCAGGUUGAAAAGCCAUAUGAAUCCUACAUUGGUGCCAACGUCAGACUGAGGUAUUUUCUAAAAGUGACAAUAGUGAGAAGGCUGUCAGACUUGGUGAAAGAAUAUGAUCUGAUUGUUCACCAGCUUGCUACGUACCCAGAUGUAAACAACUCCAUCAAAAUGGAAGUAGGCAUUGAAGACUGUCUCCACAUAGAGUUUGAAUACAAUAAGUCAAAGUAUCACUUAAAGGAUGUGAUUGUUGGAAAAAUUUAUUUCCUCUUAGUGAGAAUAAAAAUUCAGCACAUGGAGUUGCAGCUGAUCAAAAAGGAGAUUACUGGAAUUGGACCCAGUACCACAACAGAGACAGAAACCAUUGCAAAGUACGAAAUAAUGGAUGGGGCACCAGUUAAAGGUGAAUCGAUUCCUAUAAGAUUGUUCUUAGCAGGCUACGACCCAACUCCAACAAUGAGGGAUGUGAACAAAAAAUUUUCAGUGAGGUACUUCUUAAAUCUGGUGCUUGUGGAUGAAGAGGACAGACGAUACUUCAAACAGCAGGAAAUAAUUUUAUGGAGAAAAGCUCCUGAGAAGCUGAGGAAACAACGGACAAACUUCCACCAGCGAUUUGAAUCUCCAGAGUCACAAGCAUCUGCUGAGCAACCCGAAAUGUGAACUGGUCUAAGGUGAAAAACUUUGCAGUGCUUCAGCAGGUUAAAGGUGGCAGCAGCCUGUGGGAAAAGAAGGCCAGAAUUCCCAUUACAACUGUCUUCCUUCAUCUUGCAGUGCUGCGUUUACUGUGCUACUAAAGCGUUCUUCAGUUAAACAUUCAAGUAUGUAUAUACAUUUAAAAUAAAGUGCUUUCUCAAACACUGGAACUUUCUUAAGCUACUAUUUUAUACUGCACAUUUACUUUUAUUUGAUAAUGUUGUAUGCACUUGGGUAUGCAAAAGCUUAAGUCUAGUUAUUUCCAUGCAUGGUAGGCUGGUAUAUUUGAUUUUUGCUGCUCACCUCUACAGUGUAGACUAAAGCAUUUCCUGUCUCUCAUGUUGUUUAUUGCAUGUUUGUUUCCAAUGUUGCUUAUUUGCUUUGUUUUGUUUUGAAACUGCGUUAAGACACAACGACUAAAUCACACUAAAAAUCAA